UCCAGCAGGGGCCCCACCACCCAUCAUCCUCUAACUGUUAGUGUUGAUCACAGCUGACAGACAGUGGCCCUCUGAGGGACACCCACACACAGAAGGAAACUUUACCGUGAAUCAUCUGAGGAUCAAAAUGGACUCUUCUCCCAUUUCCAUUCAGGGUCAUUAUAUAAUGAGCCUCACAGAGAAACCCUGCAUACCCAGCUAGCAAUAGGUUUAUUCAAUUAUCAGCUAAUAGUAGAAUAACAUUGAAAGUACUGAUGGAUACUGCUACACUAGCAACGCUGGCUGCUGCCACCACUGCAGCUAUGGCCUCCCAAUCAGACAUGUCGGGUUACCUUUGGCUUUUGGUGACCGGAUUCAUCAUCGCCUUCAUCCUGGCCUUCUCCGUCGGAGCCAAUGAUGUCGCCAACUCGUUUGGUACAGCGGUGGGCUCUGGAGUGGUCACCCUGCGGCAGGCCUGCAUCCUGGCCACCAUCUUUGAAACGGUGGGCUCAGUGUUGCUGGGGGCAAAGGUCAGUGAGACUAUCCGAAAGGGGAUCAUCGACGUGCAAAUGUACAACGGCUCAGAACAAGUGCUGAUGGCGGGAUCGAUAAGCGCCAUGUGUGGCUCUGCUGUGUGGCAGCUGGCUGCAUCGUUCCUGAAGCUCCCCAUCUCUGGAACCCACUGCAUUGUUGGAGCCACAAUUGGCUUUUCAUUGGUAGCCAGAGGCCAUCAAGGGGUCAAAUGGAUGGAACUACUACGCAUUGUGGCCUCCUGGUUCCUGUCGCCCGUUCUGUCUGGAAUCAUGUCGGGAAUCCUCUUCUAUUUCGUCCGCAAAUUCAUCCUAAACAAGUCUAACCCCGUUCCAAACGGUCUGAGAGCCCUUCCUGUCUUCUAUGCUAUCACUAUGGGCAUCAACCUCUUCUCCAUCAUGUUCACAGGAGCUCCACUGCUUGGCUUCGACAGGGUGCCAUGGUGGGGCACACUAUGCAUCGCAGUGGGCUGUGCCGUCAUCACAGCGCUGGUUGUUUGGUUUGUGGUCUGUCCACGCCUCAAGAAGAAAAUUGAACGUGAAACAGCUGCUGCUCCCUGUGAGACUCCAUUAAUGGAGAGGAACUCCAGUAAACCUCCAGCAGAACAACCCCAAACCCCACCUGACCUGCAGAACCCUCCAGAAAGUCAGAAGGUGGCCUUUAAACUCGGAGGUUCUGAGGAGGCUGAUCUAAACAGCGAGAUAGAUGCCAAAGAUCUUGAAAUUUCUAAUGGUCUGAAUGGCUCUGUGGGCCAUAUGACAAUCACCGAUCCCCACAGUGGACGCUCCCACACCAUCCACAAGGACUCUGGCCUUUACAAAGACCUGCUGCAUAAGCUCCACAAGGCCAAGGUAGGGGACUGCAUCGGUGACAGCGACACAGAGGAGCGGCCCAUGCGGAGGAACAACAGCUACACAUCCUACACCAUGGCUAUAUACGGUAUCCAAGGUGAUCCUAAAUACAAAGAUGUGGAAGGAGGCCUUCAGAGACGACCUCGCGUGGACAGUUACAGCAGCUACAACUCGGCAAUGACCAGUGGUAGUUCUGUCCCGGAUGGGAGCGUGACUCAGGAGGCAGUCGGGGCCUCUGCUGUGGAGGAAGACGAGCUGGAGAUUGAUCAACCUACUGUUUCUUUGCUUUUCCAAUUUUUGCAGAUUCUCACCGCUUGCUUUGGCUCCUUUGCUCAUGGGGGAAAUGACGUCAGCAAUGCUAUUGGCCCACUAGUGGCGCUUUGGCUUCUCUAUGAGAGCGGGUCUGUGGUGUCGAACGCUCCCACGCCCAUUUGGUUGCUCCUGUACGGUGGAGUAGGAAUCUGUGCUGGACUUUGGGUUUGGGGUCGUAGGGUGAUCCAGACCAUGGGCAAAGACCUGACCCCCAUUACACCAUCGAGUGGAUUUAGCAUCGAGCUGGCUUCAGCUGUCACAGUUGUUGUUGCAUCUAAUAUUGGUCUUCCUGUCAGCACGACACAUUGCAAGGUGGGAUCGGUGGUGGCUGUGGGAUGGCUGCGCUCCCGGAAAUCAGUUGACUGGCUUCUGUUCAGGAAUAUCUUCAUCGCCUGGUUCGUCACUGUUCCCAUCUCUGGCCUCAUCAGUGCUGCCAUUAUGGCCCUCUUCAUAUAUGUUAUUCUGUGAUUCCCACUCCACUUUAUCAUAUUGUUUUCCAACAACUUGUUAAAAACCUUGUUAAAAACUGUCCCAUGUUGUCCCUACUAGUGAUUGAUGUUUCAUUCAGCGUAAUUUCAUUUUAAGUCAAUGAUUGAACUCAUAGGAAUGUUUUCAAGGAUGGCAGAUUCUAGUAACAAUGUUCAAAUGUCCAAAUGACUGUGAUCAUGUACAGUAUAUCCUCCUGUAUAUUUGUAUAAAGACAGUUUGCAUUAUUCAAAUCAUCCUGAAAAAAAAAAGUGUGCAGAGGUUAAUACCUUGAAUGGAACUGAUAUUAUUGGGAAUAUUUAAAUGAACCUGAGAAAGGAUUUCAAAGUAUGUAUGUCAGGAUUUUUGCAAAGAAACUAUUGACUUUUUUAAUGUAGUUGUAUGAGGUUUGCUUUUGUGUGUUUAUUAUAGUUUUUACACAUAUGUAUAGAUGUUUUUUCUGCACUUGUAUUCGUUUGAUAUCAUUUCAAAUAAAAGUUGAAUAUGUGACUUUA